AUGGCGGCGGCGGCGGCGACGGGUGCCCUGGAGGAGCUGUGCGAGGAAGCCACUUGCUCCAUCUGCUUGGAUUAUUUCAGGGAUCCGGUGACCAUUGCUGGCUGCGGCCACGCUUUCUGCCGGGCCUGCCUGACCCACAGCUGGGGGGACUUGGCGGGGGCAGAGGCUUCGUGCCCUCUUUGCAGAGGACCCGCGCAGGAGGGGACCCUCCGGCCCAACCACCAGCUGGCCAACAUUGCAGAAAUAAUCCAGAAACUCCGUCCUGUGGGAGGAAAGGGGGGGAUCUGCGAGCAGCACCAGGAGCCCCUGAGGUUUUUCUGCCAGGAGGACGAAGCCCCCGUCUGCCUGGUCUGCCGGAUAUCCGAGGAGCACAAAGAUCACGAGGUGAUUCCUCUGGAGGAGGCUUUCCAGGAAAAUCGAGCAACGGUGGCCGGUAGGUUUUGCCAGAAGCACCAGGAGCCCCUGAAGCUCUUCUGCAAGGAUGACGAAGCCCUCAUCUGUGUGGUCUGCGACCGAUCCAAGGAGCACAGAGAUCAUGAAACUCUUCCUCUUGACGAGGCCUCCCAAGAGUACAAGGAUCAAUUCUGCGAUUGUCUGGAGAAGCUGAAGGAGGAGAGAGAACAAAUUCUGGCGUCUAAAGCAGAGUUAGAGGAGGAAAGCCAAGACCUGCUGAAACAAACCACAGAAGAGAAACAAGAGAUGGUAGCCAAGUUCAGAGAACUGCACACUUUUCUGGAGGAACAAGAGAAACUUCUGCUGGCCCAGUUGGAAGAGGUGGAGAAGGAGGUGGCAAAAAACCGGGAUCAGCACCUGGCUGAACUCUCUGAGGCGCUCUCCUCUCUGGACAGCCUUAUGCAGGAGAUGGAGGGGAAAUGUCAGCAGCCGGCCAGUGAACUCCUGCAGGAUGCCAGAAGCACCUUGCUAAGGUAUGAAGAAAAGGAGGCGUUUGAGAAUCCAGCAGCUUUUCCUCUUUCACUGAAGUGGCGCAUUUGGGAUUGCUCGGAUUUAAAUCUCUUUUUGGAGGGCAUCAAAAAGCAACUCAAAGACUCCCUGGAUUCUGGACUUCACCUGCAGAAAGCAAAUGAGACUCUGGAUCCAGACACGGCCCAUCCCCGACUCAUCCUGUCUGAGGAUCAGAAAAGUGUGAGACGAGGAGAAAAAGCUCAAACUCUUCCAGACAAUCCUGAGAGAUUUGACCAUUGUUGGGCUGUUCUUGGUCGUGAGGGGUUCACAGGAGGCCGCCAUUUCUGGGAAGUCCUUGUGGGAAGUGAGGGAGAAUGGUGGGUGGGGGUGGCCAGAAAGUCUGUGAGGAGGAAGGGAUGGUUAAAGUUCAGUCCUGAGGAAGGGAUCUGGUGGGUGGGGAAGUGGGGAAGGUGCUACAGGGCUGCCAGAAAAGGCCCUUAUAUUCGCCUGUCCCUGAGUGGGGAGCCCAAGAGGAUCCGAGUCUGUCUGAACUAUGAAGGAGGGCGAGUGGCUUUUUUUGACGCUGACCGAGGAGCCCUCAUCUAUGAGUUCUCUGGAGCCUCCUUCUCUGGAGAGACCCUCCUGCCCUUCUUUUACGUGUAUGAAAAAGGCCACCUCAAACUCUCUUCUUGAGACCAUCUUUUCACAUCAGGAGCAUUAAAAAUAUUGUUUCUCAGAAGCUCCCCCUUUGAGUCCUGUCAAGGUCUCUCCAGGCUCCCAGCCACCAAAACUGACUGCAGUAAAAUGGAGACAUUUCUCUCCCCCCCCCCCGCCCAUUCCCCAACAUUCCCCUUUUUUCCUUUGUAUCUUAUCUGAAGAUAAGAGUACCAUAUUUCACUUUAUAAAGAAUAACAGGCUGGUUGUCAAGGAGAGUUCCAAACAGACUCCCCUUCAGCCUCCUCCAGCCUCCAUUCCUCUCAGCCACGAGAGGAACAACUGAAAAGAUCCUGCAGAGGAAAAUGAGGCCCUGCAAUUUUCAGUUAAUAUUCUGGACUUUCUCUUUUCUUUGGUUUAUGGGGCACCACCUGUUAGGAUUUGCCUCUUUUCAGCAUUGCCUUUCUGGAGGGCUCUGAAGAUCUGUUCCCUAUCAACUUUGCUCCAAUCAACACAGUUGUGUUUCAGACACCAGUAGCUGAAAAUAUGUUAUGCUUAUAAUAAAAUUGUGUAACCUUGAAAA